AUGCACGUGGGUGAGAAGACAGGGUAUCCGUCUUCAAGACGCAACAGAAGGAGUGGAGAGACGCUGGUGAGGCGUAAUGGAUGGAUGGACCAGCUGGGGCUGACGAUGGAGACGGUUCUCUGGACUAUGCAGUCUCGACAAGGAUGGAUGGGAAUAACGAGAAGGGAACGGUGGCAAUGGGGUGGCCGCAAUUGGUUUCCGGAGCAUGAGCGCGUGCUUCUGCGUCUACUAGCGACGGAGCGAGGCGAAAACUCGACUUUGAAGUUAGAGGAAGUGAGCGUGAGUGGUGCGUUCUGGAUCUUUUGA